GGACUGCCUGGUGGUGAAACCAUCUGGGACACAGGAGAAAGAGUUUCAUAAACAGCAGCAUCAUGUUACAGAUUCCUUUGAUUUGGCUCAUCUUGUGUUUCUUGGACGGUAAGAGAGGUGUUGUUCUGUCCGAGUUUCUAUCUAUCUAUCUAUCUAUCUAUCUAUCUAUCUAUCUAUCUAUUGAUUUUGACAUAUAAAUCAUAAAAUGUACCACAAAACUUAUCACUUAUACAAUCUUUUUAGACUUCCAUCAGCACCUCUGAUGAUCCACCAUUUUAACCACUUCUUAUGCACUUCUUAACUUUAUAUUGCCUUUACAUCUCUUAACAAAUCAUCCUUCCCCUUCUCCAUUUUUGCAAUACUUCCAAUAAUACUCCUCACAAAACUUUUUGCAAACCUACAAACGUCGUCUGAUCUUCACAAAUACUUUUCAAGUAGUCCGUAAAUUUACCCCAGUCUUCUGUGAAUUUCUGGUCCCGCUGGUUUCGAAUCCUUCCUGUUAGUUUAUCUAGUUCUGCAUAGUCCAUUAACUUCAUUCUCCAUUCUUCAAUCGUUGGUAAUUCUUCUUGCUUCCAUUUUUGGGCCAGUAAUAUUCUUGCUGCUGUUAUUGUAUAUAAAAAGAGCUUACAUUCCUUGUUCUGUCCGAGUUUCUCAGGCAAAUGUUGUGGACUCACCCGUGUGCUUUAUUCCUUUCCUUCCAGAAUCCAGGGGGCAGAUUGCCAUCACUCAGACACCAGCUUCUAUACAGGCAAGUCCUGGGGACAGAGUCACCAUCCAGUGCAAAGCUUCCUCUUCUGUCACUAAAUAUACAGUCUUGUAUCAGUUUAAAUCAGGGCAGAAACCCAAGCUACUGAUUUAUGAUGCUACAAACCGUUUUGAAGGGACCCCAGAUCGCUUCAGUGGCAGCUACGGCACCACUGACUUUUCGUUCACCAUCAAUGGUGUCCACGUCGAGGAUGAAGCAGAAUAUUACUGUGGACAACGCCAAAGCUUACCUUUACACAGUGAUACACUUCAGUACAAAAACAAGCUCAGUAGUCUCAGAUACCAAAAAGAGACAGCAGUCGGUGUUUUGCAGCAGCAACACUUAGUGGCAGAACAUCUGCUUUGCAGUCAGAGGGUUGCAGAUUAGAUGCCUGGCAUCUUCAGGUCCAAACCCUCCAACAAUUCACCGAUGAAAAUAGGGACAUCUUAAGGAAAAGCUUGGGCUCCGUGAUCACUGCAGAUGGUGACAGCAGUCACGAAAUUAAAAGACACCUGCUUCUUGGAAGAAAAGCGAUGACAAACCUAGACUGCAUCUUAAAAAGCAGAGACAUCACCUUGCCAACAAAGGUCUGUAUAGUUAAAGCUAUGGUUUUCCCAGUAGUGAUGUAUGGAAGUGAGAGCUGGACCAUAAAGAAGGCUGAUCGCCAAAGAAUUGAUGCUUUUGAAUUCUGGUGCUGGAGGAGACUCUUGAGAGUCCCAUGGACUGCAAGAAGAUCAAACUGAUCCAUUCUGAAGGAAAUCAGCCCUGAAUGCUCACUGAAAGGACAGGUCCUGAAGCUGAGGAUCCAAUACUCUGGCCACCUCAUGAGAAGAGAAGACUCCCUGGAAAAGACCCUGAUGUUGGGAAAGAUGGAGGGCACAAGGAGAAGGGGACGACAGAGGACGAGAUGGUUGGACAGUGCUUUCAAAGCUACCAGCAUGAGUUGGACCAAACUGUGGGAGGCAGUGGAAGACAGGAGUGCCUGGCGUGCUCUGGUCCAGGGGGUCACGAAGAGUCGGACACAACUAAAUGACUAAACAACAACAAAGGAAAAGCGGGACAUUCUGGGACCAAAUCAAAAACCUGGAUGGCGUCUUUAAAUCAGGCACGCCCCUGGAAAAUAGGGACACCUGGAGGGUCUGGUUGUGACAUCUAGGGUUGCCUAAAUUGCCCUAAUGCAGAUUUUGAAAACUAAUUGAGCCUCUAAGACUCCUAAAAGGAGCUCAGGGAGGCAUGGAUGGAGGCAUCAGAUAAAUGAUGUGUUUAAUGAGGACAAAAAAGAAUAAGAGUUUUGAAAGAACAAGAUCCAGGCUGGAGAAAGAUUUAUUGGGGGAUAAAAGCAAAAAUAUUAUCAAAAAUGUAUAAAUUUCUGUUGGGAAUGGCAUACUAAAGAUGAAGAGGUUAAAGUGGUAAUGAUAGAAUGGGCUAAAGAUUUGGGAUAUAAUAUCCCGUUAGAAUCAUGGGAAAGACUAUGGAAUGAAAGUAUUAAAUUCACCACAUGUAGUGCCUUAAAAGAAAAUGUUAUGAAAAUGAUGUACAGAUGGUAUUUAACACCAACCAAACUUGCACAAAUGUAUAGGUCAAGAGCUAAGGAGUGUUGGAAAUGUAAAGAAAAGGAAGGGAAUUUUUUCAUAUGUGGUGGACAUGUACAAAGGUAAAAACCAUUUGGGAAAUGAUAUAUAAUGUGUUAAAGAAAAUAUUUAAAAAUACUUUUGUCAAAAAACCAGAAACAUUCUUUCUGGGUAUUGUUGGUGAAGAGAUAUCAGUUAGAGAUAAGAAACUGUUUAUGUAUGCAACAACUGCAGCAAGAACUCUUUUAGCCCCAAAAUGGAAGGAACAAGAAAUUCCAACGAAAGAAGAGUGGCAGAUGAAGAUGAUGGACUUUGCGAGAUUGGCAAAGCUGACUGGGAAAAUAUGAAACCAAUGAGAUCAAGCAUUCCAAAAAGAUGGGAGUAAAUUUAUACAAUACUUGAAGGAUCAUUGUAAACAUUUAAAAACACUGGCAGGGUUGUAAGAAGAUUUGUAAUGUUAACUAUACUUAGCUUUCUAUAUUUAUUUAAAAUUUUGACGUAUCAAAUGAGAGAAUGUAAAUUGGAAAAUGCACAAAUGCUAUGAUAUAGAGGUUAACUUUGAAAACCAUGAGGCGGGAGGGAGGGGAAUCAAUAGGCUCUUCAGAGCGGUGAAUAAUGAUGAUGUGAUUAAAUGUUAUAAAAUGGAAAAUGAAUAAAAAUAUUAUUUUUAAAAAGGGAGGCAUAGAUGGAUCAUUCCUUCCAUUGCUUAUUUCUCUAAGCAUGGUGCUGUAUAUUAUUGGCAUGGUCACAUGACCUGGGCCAUGUCUUGUGCCCAAACAUAGGGUUGGGUGUGAUUCUGAGCCAAAACUCUGUGGGGUCCACAACCCUAUCUCAUCCUCUUAUUUAUUUUUUCACACAUUGGGCUAGCAUGUUCCCAAGCAUUCUCCCACAAGUGGAGCUGUCUGAUUUGGGGUGUCCCAAAACAAAACACCCCUAGUUCUUGACUUCCCAUCUAGGGCUCCCAGAGAUUUAAAAAGCGUUAUGCAAAACCAACACUUUUGCACAAUACAAUGACGGAAAAUAAAUAUUCUCUUUGAGAAGAAAAAUUGUGAAUCUCAAAAGGGACAAUCUCCCCCCAAAAGAAGAUAUAUGAGAUCCUCUUAUUGUGGACUACAGGGACAUAGUGACAGCAGUUCCUUAUUAAGUUUACUGGCCGAGCUCAUUUUCAAACCUUAAAGGAAGUAAGGAACUUGGAAUAAGUAACCUACCGUAUUUUUCCGUGUAUAAGAUACCCCCAUGUAUAAGACGACCCCUAUUUUUUUGAGCCCAAAAUUAAGAAAUAAAUAUUUUAAACAUUCCGUGUAUAAGACUAUCCCCAAUUAUAAACUUAAAAAAUUUGGGGGGAAAUAUAGUCUUAUACACGGGAAAAUACAGUACUUUGUCCUUGUAAUGUAUAGAGAUAGAGAGCAGAGAGCAGUAUCUUAUUUGCGUAGCCCAGAAGUCUUUCAAGAGAACAGCUGUGGGGGUGGGGUGGAAUCAGCAAAUGCAGUUAAAAUUAAACUUUAAAAAAAAAUUAUUUAUUUUUUGCUUGUUAAACAGGGGGCAGGUAGAGAACAGCAGACUCUUCUUAGCUCUGUCACAUAUGAGUGAACCACAAAACUCUCUGAACAAUAACUUCUCAGGAUGUCAUGGCAAGCUGAUGAAGCACAGAUUACUUGAGCAACCUUCCAGCACUGCAAUGGCUUUUAAAUAUUUCACUGGUGAAAAUAGGGACGCUUGUGAACUUUUGAUAACGGCACUGUUUGCACGCCAAGGAUCACCACCUUAGAUGGCGCGCGCAUUCACAUGCUUCAAAAAAUAAAUAAAAUUAAAAGAGCCAACUCAAUCUUAUGCACAUUUACUCAGACCUCAGUCUCACAAUUUGAUGGGAUACCAAUAAAAAACAGUCAUUUGCAAACUAAUCAGGCUCCCUCCUGGAUAAUUUCAAAUUAAAACGAGUGCAGCUUACAGGAUACAUAUAUUUCUAAGGAUUUCUUUCCCUGCUUAUCAUCCCAGCUGAAAGAAAAAUAGGGGGAAAUGUACUUGGUAUAUAUACUUAAUUUCACACCUUACGGUGUAGCAGCUUGCAAGACCAUCUUUAAUACUGGGAAUUUUAAAAAGAUAUUGUUUUUAUAGAACUAAUGCAUUUUUAUUCUAAGGCUGUGUCCUUAUACAGACUUACCUGAGAGUACAGUCCUCUGUCUGUCCAUACAAACGUACCAGACAGCUAAAUCAUACAAGACACACAUCAUAUUCUCCAAGUAGGCAAGUAAGUUUAGAUUAGUAUUUUUUUAAGUGUGUACAUUUUAUUUCCCCCACUGCCAUUGGUGUGCAUUUUUGAGGGAAGACUAUUUUCUUCCAUGCCAUGAGUCUUUCUGGAAAUUUUUCAUCUGUUGGCCAAGCCCAGUGGUAAAGAUUAUAUAACAUCUUUAUCAACGACUUGGAUGAUGGACUCAAGGGCAUCCUGAUCAAAUUUGCAGAUGACACCAAACUGGGAGGGGUGGCUAACACCCCAGAGGACAGGAUCACACUUCAAAACGACCUUGACAGAUUAGAGAACUGGGCAAAAACAAACAAGAUGAAUUUUAAUAGGGAGAAAUGUAAAGUAUUGCACUUGGGCAAAAUGAGAGGCACAAAUACAAGAUGGGUGACACUUGGCUUGAGAGCAGUACAUGUGAAAAGGAUCUAGGAGUCUUGGUUGACCACAAACUUGACAUGAGCCAACAGUGUGACGCGGCAGCUAAAAGCCAAUGCAAUUCUGGGCUGUAUCAAUAGGAGUAUAGCAUCUAGAUCAAGGGAAGUAAUAGUGCCACUGUAUUCUGCUCUGGUCAGACCUCACCUGGAGUACUGUGUCCAGUUCUGGGCACCACAGUUCAAGAAGGACACUGACAAACUGGAACGUGUCCAGAGGAGGGCAACCAAAAUGGUCAAAGGCCUGGAAACGAUGCCUUAUGAGGAACGGCUAAGGGAGCUGGGCAUGUUUAGCCUGGAGAAGAGGAGGUUAAGGGGUGAUAUGAUAGCCAUGUUCAAAUAUAUAAAAGGAUGUCACAUAGAGGAGGGAGAAAGGUUGUUUUCUGCUGCUCCAGAGAAGCGGACACGGAGCAAUGGAUCCAAACUACAAGAAAGAAGAUUCCACCUCAACAUUAGGAAGAACUUCCUGACAGUAAGAGCUGUUUGACAGUGGAAUUUCCUGCCAAGGAGUGUGGUGGAGUCUCCUUCUUUGGAGGUCUUUAAGCAGAGGCUUGACAACCAUAUGUCAGGAGUGCUCUGAUGGUGUUUCCUGCUUGGCAGGGGGUUGGACUCGAUGGCCCUUGUGGUCUCUUCCAACUCUAUGAUUCUAUGAUUCUAUAUGACUCCAAAGUGUACAAUUAUUGUGCAUGUUUGCAAGUUUCCUUCUAUCGAAGUAUACCUAGAUUGUAUCAGGCCAACAUAAAUCAGCCUAAUACUCUCAAUGUUCCUUCGCGAUACAAUCAGUUGCAGAGUACUCAAAACCCAGGCAAAGUUGAUAACGUAAAACUGUGAGCCAAGCCUCAGAACCAGAGAACCAUAAUAGACAAUUGAACACUAAGGCGAAGAAGAUCAUGAAGGGAAGUCAGCGAUGUCAUGUGCUGUUGAUGAAAUGAAUCCAUGCAGGGACACUCACACAAAGAGAAGUGGCUCAUCUCUCUCAUACAGACACACGUCAGAUACUCACAAAGGCCUAGUUUGGAUAGCAAGUUAAACUAUGGUUUGGCAUUCCAAGAACAAGCCUUGAUUUCAUAAGCUCACCCCAUCCUCUCUCCUUCAGCAUAGCUGUGAGGAGGGAUUGGAAAAUUUGACUUCCAUUUUAACUAAUCGCAGUUAUUAGCUAUGGUUCUUCUUCUUCAUCAUCAUCAUCAUAUAUUAUUUGUACCCCGCCCAUCUGGCUGGGUUUCCCCAGCCACUCUGGGUGGCUUCCAACAAAGAUGAAAAAUACAUUAAAAUGUCACACAUUAAAAACUUCCCUGAACAGGGCUGCCUUCAGAUGUCUUCUAAAUGUUAGGUAGUUGUUUAUCUCUUUGACAUCUGAUGGGAGGGUGUUCCACAGGGUGGGUGCCACUACCGAGAAGGCCCUCUGCCUGGUUCCCUGUAGCUUUGCUUUCCGCAGUGAGGAAACCACCAGAAGGCCCUUGGCGUUGGACCUCAGCAUCCGGGCAGAACGAUGGGGGUGGAGACGCUCCUUCAGGUCUAGUGGGCCGAGGCCAUUUAGGGCUUUAAAGGUCAGCACCAACACUUUGAAUUGUGCUUGGAAACGUACUGGGAGCCAAUGUAGGUCUUUCCAAGACCGGUGUUAUGUGGUCUCGGCAGCUGCACCCAGUCACCAGUCUCGCUGCCGCAAACCAAAAUUAAAGCAGCAAACCAUGGUUUAUAAAGUUGGCUUGUUUUCCUAUCGUUUAGGCAAGCCACAGUUUAGGAUUCAGACAUAACAAUAUACUACAGUUCAUUAAAAAUGGAAGUGAAAGCGUUCAAUCUCUUCCUUGCAGGUGUGCAAGAGGAGGAUGGAGAAUUGCAUGUGCCUCAGGUUUAAAACAUGGUUUAAUCCUAGGUAGAUCCAGGGCCUACUUGGUGUCUGCUCCCAGAUGUGGUUAGACUACAACUCCCAUCAUCCCCAGCUAGUUGGACCAGUGAUUGGGAAUGGGAGCUGUAAUCCAACCAAAUCUAAGGACCCAAGGUAGUUUUAGAGUGUAUUUAGCAACAGCAGUUUACAGCCUCUCUGACCUUUGACAAAAAAAUAAUAAUAAAUAAGUCCAUUCAAGUCAUAUUUCUUAAAAUCUUUUAUCAUUGAUGUUAUGUAGGAAAGUCCUAAUGAGAAUUUUGGCUAUCAUAAUAAAGAACAAGGAAAUAUAAAGAACUCUGAAACUUGCUUGGCGCAGUCCUAUUUAUGUGUAUGCAGAAGUAAAUCCCGUGAAUUCCAGUGAGAUUUCUGCCAAAUAGCCAUGUUUAGUUUUGCAGCCCAAGUGGAGAAAAUAGAUGUUUUUCUUUGUUAAAGCGUGUUCUCCUUCAUGGAGAGCACGUGUUGCGGUGAGGUCUGAGAGGCCACCCCUCUGUUGCUGGGCGGGUUAGUAUGGAUGUGAUAUGCCCAGUGAUUGGGCAGUUGGAUUACUGGGCAAAUUUUGGUGUUGCCAUUUUGGGGGACGGACCAAAGGUUAUAAAAUCAAGUCACGCAGCACUGACUGGGCUCUUUUGCUGCGUGCAUCAGAUCACCCGCCCACCCUCCCUAAUCUAGGGCUAUUGCGUUGACUUUGCUAUGGGUGUGAUGGGGUCAUCUGCUUUUGGGGCAGGGGCGCCUGGUAGGAAUUUUGUCCAUUUGGCUGAUUGGCUGGUGCCAUUUGGUUUUUGCCUACUGCGUAGUAAAUCGUCACAACUUGUAAGGUUGCGGUUAGUAAAGGUAAAGGAGACCUGACCAUUAGGUCCAGUCGUGACCGACUCUGGGGUUGCGGCACUCAUCUCACUUUACUGGCCGAGGGAGCUGGCGUACAGCUUCCAGGUCAUGUGGCUAGCAUGACUAAGCUGCUUCUGGCAAACCAGAGCAGCGCACGGAAACGCCAUUUACCUUCCCGCCGGAGCGGUACCUAUUUAUCUACUUGCACUUUGACGUGCUUUUGAACUGCUAGGUUGGCAGGAGCAACGGGAGCUCACCCCGUCGCGGGAUUCAAACCGCCGACCUUCUGAUCGGCAAGUCUUAGGCUCUGUGGUUUAACCCACAGUGCCACCAGCGACCCAAGGUUGCGGUUAGGCAUUGGUUAAAAAUUGGUUGGUGGAGGGGUAAGGGUUGGCUGUGCCUGCCCCUCCAAUGCUGCUGCAGAAAGAGAAUUCCAUUAAAGGAAUCCAGCGGCUUGCCAUUCUUUCGUCCGUAGCCCUGAAUGGGGCUUGGGCCGUGCAAACCCCUGGGAGCAUGCGGGGAGAGGUGAGGAUCUGGCGCCCGGCUCCAUGCUCCCUCCAAUAUUGUUUUCCCUUACUGGCUUUCGCUGGAAUCUGGAAGUCAGUUCUGUCCCGGGGCGGGAGAAAGUCAGAACCAAUGCCUAAGCAACCACUCACAUUGAUGUAUUUUAAUAAAGUUAUGGCCAAAAUUAUGCCCAAAACCUUAAACAAAAAUUAUGUGUGAAUUGUGAAUUAUUUAGGGGUGGCUUGAGGGGACCUUGACAUGCAAAAAACAAGGCAAGACCAUCUUGUAGUCACUUCAGCUGGUCCUGUGCCUAGUGCCUCAUUUUUUGGUGCUCUGCAAUGCUCUAAGGAGCAAAUACUCUAAGUUCUGGUUUGCAUAGCAUUUUUUGAAAGCUUUCCUCCAGGGGUCACAGCUGAAAGAAACUUGGUUUUUGUCAAGGGAGCAGGUCUUGCUAAAGCACUGUGUUACACUUUCGGUGCCGGGACCAAGUUAGAAGUGAAACGUAAGUCUGAUUUUCCUGCUGCUGCUGAGUGUGGGAAGUCUAUGUUUUUACUGUAAUUUUUUAUCAGUGUUGGAAAGCAGUGAGGCGAACCUUCUACGCAUGAUGGGGAACGGAUAACAGUGUAUUGCAGUGGAAUUUAGAGUUGCUUGGGCAGUGAAAAAUGUCAGCAUGUGGGGCAAAUCCAUGGGGCAAAAGCUGUGGGUCACUCUCAGCAAUGGGAUCAAGGGGGGGGGAAGAGUGUGCCUUAUUGUUCUUUUCUUUCUCCCCUCCGUCCCCCAACAUCUUGGGACUGUGCAUGAAAAUAAUUUCCAGCCAAAGUUGAGGUGAAGAUUAGAAUGACUUCUGUAAUAGGACUGAGUUGAUAUGAACUUGUGAAAGCUCAUACUUCACCUGACUCAGUUGGAGGAGCGUGAGUCUCUUAAUCUCAGGGUGGUGGGUCUGAGCCCCACAUUGGGCAAAAGAUCCCUGCUUUGCAUGGGGUUGGUCUAGAUGACCCUCGUGGUCCCUUCCAACUCUACCAACUCUUCUAAGUCUAUGAUUCUACGAGUAGGAGUAUGAGAAGACCACAGACUCUACAGCAAUACAUUAAUUUGCGAAUCAGGUAUUUCCACGGAAUGCCAUGUUUGCCCAGAGUUAACUCUGUCAGAGGCAGAAUUCUGAUCACUGGUGCAAUAAGGAAAAGAAGUAAAAUUAUUAUUAUUAAUAAUAAUAAUAAUUUAUUUAUUUAUUUAUACCCCGCCCGUCUGGCUGGGUUUCCCCAGCCACUCUGGGCGGCUUCCAACAGAACACCAAAAUACAAUAACCUAUUAAACAUUAAAAACUUCCCUAAACAGGGCUGCCUUCAGAUGUCUUCUAAAAGUUGGAUAGUUGUUUAUUUCCUUGACAUCUGGUGGGAGGGAGUUCCCCAGGGCAGGUGCCACUACCGAGAAGGCCCUCUGCCUGGUUCCCUGUAACUUGGCUUCUCGCAACAAGGGAAUCGCCAGAAGGCCCUCGGCGCUGGACCUCAGAUGAAAAUCGUAAACUGGUGAAGUUCUUUUCAAAGGGUAUAAAGUGGGCCUCUUAUCCCUGUGGAGUCAGAUAUAUCAACCUGAGGUCAUCAUCAUUUGAAAGUGUACAUUGCAACAGGUAAAACGUGUAAGUCCUUCAAGGAGCUGAGGACAAAAAGUGGUCAGAGUUAAACCCAUUGUAAGUUUAGACAGUGUUGUGUCAUUUGUGUGUUUACCUUGCAGGAAAAGGCCCUAUCUUUUGUGGGAUGGGGAUUGUUUCGCAACAGCUUCAAAUCAGCUUUAAUUGUGCAGAUUUUGCUGGGAUGUGUUUGGAAUCCUUUGUGGGUUUACUUUUCAGUUCAAUGGCAUUUGCUUCCAGUUAGGUGAGCUUAAGACUGCCACCUAAGUGAAGAAAAUAGACGUCGUUUUUCUCUGUUAAACGACUACGCUUAACGUUCCACUUUGUAGGCACUCAGUUUGUCAUGAGACUGGUACCUUGUUUCCAGAUUUCUAGGAGCGAAACGGCUUUGCUUACUCAUAAAAACUUUGAAAUCUUCCCUUCAGUGGCCACAGUUGGGAGGGACUUGGGUUUUUGCCGAGGGCAUGAGCAAUGGCAAACCACUGUGGUUCACUUUUGGUGGCGGGACCCAUUUAGAAAUCAAGCGUAAGUUUGUUUUCUCUCUCUGUUGCUUUGGGGUACAGUGUGUCGGAAAUCUAUAUUUUCAUUUUUGUUGAGUGUUGGCGAGUUUCUGGGCAUUGGGAGAAAAACUACACAAGCUGGGGAACGGACGAUUAUGACAGAAAACUGAGGUAGGGUUUGGGAUUGUAUUUUUUUCCUAACUGAAGCUGCUAAGAGCUCUGCUGGGUGGUCAGUAAAAAACGUCAGCGUGCGGGAAAUGCUGCAAUUCACUCUCAGCAAUGGGACCAAACAGGAGAUAAAACAGCGUGCAUUUUAUUGUUCCCUUGUGUCACCUCUGCCUCCUUCCCCACAAUGUCUUGAGCUCUGCAUGAAAUUGAUGCUAGCAGAAUUUCCUAGCCAAAGCUGCAGUAAAGAUGGGAAUAACAUCUCUAACUGGUUUAAUUUGGUAUAAACUAAGUGAUUUCCAAAGGAGAGCCAAUUUAAAGAAACAGUUUAAAGGUUUUCAGAACGUAGGGGGUCGUCCCAGAAGCUAAAUUGGGUUGCCUCUAGACAAACCAAUAAUAAUUCAGACUUACUGUUUUAAAAAACUGCUAAUUGUUGAAAACUUGAUGAAGAAACCAGAUCACAGACAGAGAAGUGCAGAAAAAAGAACUGAAUAUUUAGUUGAAACAAAUUCCCCCUUUCUGCACUUUACCAAGUUUUUACACUGGGUGUUCAGCAGUUGCUAAUAAAAACAUGUAUCCUUCAUAGAAAGCACUUUAUUUGAAAUAAAUUACAGUGGGACAGGAAGGGGGGUUUUUUUGCACUAUCAAGCGCUUGGAAACCAGCCCAGUUCAUUUCAGGGAAAUUUAUUUCAAUGUAAAUUUGGAAUAUUUUGGUACCCUUAAGUCCCAAUGGAUGGCUGGGUGAUAAAAGUUAGGUAACUCCUGGCUUGACUGCAUAGAACCAAACCUGCCAUCAUAUGUAAACUUAUUUGGGGGGGCAGGGAAUUCAAUUAAACCUGCAUAGGAUUGGGUUGUAUGGCACCACUGGGUAUCGAUUUAGCACACAUUCAUCUGAAUGAAUGGAAAGGAAUCCCUUCGGAGCAGUGAACAGUGAUUUAUGCACUUGAUAAAGUAGCUAGAACACAACAGAUGAUUUCUGGACUUGUUAAUUUGAGAAUACAUUAAUUUGAAAAUGCAGGUAUUUCUAGGUGAGAUCCUAUUUGUAGUUAAGUCUAGCAUAAGAUGCUAGAAAUACUCUAUGAUUGAUUUUCACAGGGGUUUCAGUCUGACUGUUCUGAAAAAACUUAUGUUAGAAACAGAUAUAGAUAUAGCUCUAUAGACUACCGUAAUUGGAGGACCUUUGCCCAAAUGGUAAAGUCCUUUCCCCCCUCUUUUGGCUGUGGCGUACCAUGCAUAUUGAUGGUGCGGUGCAAAUAUAUUGAUUGAUCAACAAAUACAUUGAUAAAUCAAAAUCUGUUCUAUCAUAGAUAAGUCAAGAGGAACCUAAAAAAAUAAUAAUAAGCAGGCAUUUUGUCAAUGUGCUCUGUCAAAGGCAACUGGGAUUGAAGAUGCUAUUAAUUUAUAGCAGAGACAGAAUUCUGCAAUAAGGAAAGUUAGGGGGGAAAGAAAAAGAGUGAAAUUUCAAGGCUAUUUUCAAAGCGAAUAUAGUAUUUAUUUUGUCCCUACCAAUCUGAUGGUGCAAUACUUUGCACAGAUAAGUUACAGCAAGUAAAAUUAAAUAUAUGUCCUUUACGAAACUUAGAGCACAAGCUGAUCAAUGUUAAGCCCACUGAAUGCUUAGCACAUGCUUAAUUAUUUGCUGUUGAAAUUAAUUGGGGGACUUCAUAUUUUACUGGUUUGGGCCAUUGUUAGUUACUUGGGCAUUUCUGAAGUAAUUAAGAAAGGAGAAACAACGUAAAAUAUGGUAAAAACGUAAGUUUUAAGAUGGAAUAUAGAAUUUAACUCCCCUAUGUGAUUCAUGUAUUGGUGCUUAGCGAACGGUUUAAACAGCACGUUUCAUUUAUAGGAUACAAAAUGUAAGAACCAUGUACGAAGAAGUAAAGAAAUAUCUGCACUUACACUCUAGCCAAAUUUAUAACAAUGCACCACACACCAAUUACCCAAGCCAAAGUAAUGCAGAAUAUUUCUAAUUUUGCAGCUUUCUGUAUGUGUUCUCCCCACGAGCUCAAAUUCUCUGUCCCUGCUGCCCCACAUUAGGACAGGGCAGUAAUGCUCUUUGCAGCACCCAGAUAUGAAAAUUGGCCCGUGGAGUCUUUUCUCCUGUUUUAACUUUACUCAGUAAAGAUUGAAAGAUACGACUAGGAAAACGUUCACUUUAAAAAUGUGUUGAACUAUUUCUUUUACAACGACACCUGCCAAACUUUAGAUCAGUUCUCUGCACAGAUACUGCGUCUUGUCUGAGGGUCUGCUGAGCCCAAAUUUUACUUUCCUGCAGUACAAACACUGUCACGAACACUGUAGGAUUUGAAUUUCUAUGGUUUUCAGAGCAACUGUGUCCAUGUUCGCACAGCAAUGAGACAUUCUCAAUUCAACAGGGUUGACUUCCAGAUAAGGGGAGGUAGGGUUGCAGUUUGAAGUCUUUUCUGUACCUUUAACAGCUGUUUAAUCUGCAGACAUCAUUAGCAAGAAUAAAAGCAUUAUACCUCCAAUCAGUUUCAGAAUGUUGGGCUGCUCCUAAAUAAUAAUAAUAAUAAUAAUAAUAAUAAUAAUAAUAAUAAUAAUAAUUUAUUUAUACCCCGCCCAUCUGGCUGGGCUUCCCCAGCCACUCUGGGUGGCUUCCAACCAAAUAUUAAAAUACAGUAAUACAUCAAACAUUAAAAGCUUCCCUAAGCAGGGCUGCCUUCAGAUGUCUUCUAAAAGUCUGGUAGUUGUUGUUCUCUUUGACAUCUGGUGGGAGGGCAUUCCACAGGACGGGUGCCACUACCGAGAAGGCCCUCUGCCUGGUCCCCUGUAACUUGGCUUCUCGCAGCAAGGGAACUGCCAGAAGGCCCUCGGAGCUGGACCUCAGGUUUGGGUAGAAUGAUGGGGAUGGAGGCGCUAAAGGUGUGGGGGAAGCAAUGAUGAUGAUGAUGAUGAUGAUGAUGGCAAAUCUGAGCCUGAAUGCUAUUUGCAUUUCUGGUCUGAUCAAGGCGUCCAACUAGGGGGUGUCAUGAAACAGCAGCAAAUACUUCACUUACUUUAGGGGGGGGGGGAGAAGUAGAGGGGAAACUUGUGGAUUUUCGUUGCCUCAAGCACUUGGUACCUUCACAAUUUUUUGGACAGUGGCGCCAUUUGCAGCAAAAUGUUUUGAACUAGCACUGUGGUCUUUCAAUGGCCCUCUGGUACACCUGAAUGAUGCAAUAUUCCGUGUUCUUGUUCGUUUACGCAGGAAGAGAAGAUUCCACCCCAUCGGCAAUCAUUUUCCCACCCUCGCCGGAGCAACUUAAAACGGAUUCAGCCACUGCGGUGUGCCUGGUCAGCACGUUCUACCCAAGCAGCCUGACCGUGGUCUGGAAAGUGGACGGCACUCCCAUCACAGAGGGUGUCGAAACCAGCCCCCCAGCGUCAGAUACAGACAACACCUAUAAGCUGAGCAGCACCCUGACGCUCCCUACAUCAGAUUUCAACACCCACGAAUCAUACAGUUGUGAAGUGACGCACAAAACGUUGUCCAGUCCUCUUGUGAAGAGUUUUAGGAGGUCCGAGUGUUCCGGAUAG